GCAAAUAUCACUCAUAUAAAUUAAAGUCAUUUUCUCUUAGUAGCCGCGUUUUCAGCCUGAGGAGUGAGGAGGGAAAGUAGAUACGUCACGCCAUGGGAAGAAGACCGGCUAGGUGUUAUCGUCAGAUCAAGGGCAAACCCUACCCGAAGUCUCGCUACUGUCGUGGUGUCCCCGAUCCCAAAAUCAGGAUCUACGACGUCGGCAUGAAGAGGAAAGGCGUCGACGAGUUCCCUUUCUGCGUCCACCUCGUCUCAUGGGAGAAGGAGAACGUCUCGAGCGAAGCUCUCGAGGCCGCGCGUAUCGCUUGCAACAAGUACAUGGUGAAAUCCGCGGGAAAAGACGCGUUCCACCUGAGGAUCAGGGUCCACCCGUUCCAUGUCCUGAGGAUCAACAAGAUGCUUUCGUGCGCUGGAGCUGAUAGGCUCCAGACCGGUAUGAGAGGUGCUUUCGGGAAGGCCUUGGGGACUUGCGCUAGGGUUGCGAUCGGGCAGGUGCUCUUGUCUGUGAGGUGUAAGGAUGCUCAUGGUCACCAUGCUCAGGAGGCUCUGAGGAGGGCUAAGUUUAAGUUCCCUGGUCGUCAAAAGAUCAUCGUCAGCAGGAAAUGGGGUUUCACUAAGUUUAACAGAGCAGAUUUUACGAAGUUGAGGCAAGAGAAGCGUGUUGUUCCUGAUGGUGUUAAUGCUAAGUUCCUCUCAUGCCAUGGACCUUUGGCUAACCGUCAGCCCGGAAGUGCAUUUUUGCCAGCUACCUAUUGAAGCUUCAGUGCUGAAUUAUAUCUAGUCUAAAACCUUUUUUAUAUCUUUGAAGGUUUUGUCUUAAAGUUUUUAGUUCGGACACAUUGAGUAUUUUCUAAACCUUUGUGAAAUAAUGAGAUUGUUCUUUCUAUGGUUUGCAAGUUUUGUCGGUCUU